CUAGCUGGCGAACGGUUCGGCUAGGUCAGGCGUCGAGACGCCAAACACGAUUCGCCAUCAUCUUGUGUCGACAUCCUGGUCGUCGAAUCAUUGAUUUAUCCAGAUUACAAGUUGGUCAUUGUAGCUUUUUCAAGUUUUUCAAAAAUUACUCGUUUUAUAUUCAUUAAAUUUGAGUGUUUCGUGGCGUAAGAUGUGAAUUUGGUGUUCCGGUCCACUGUGACGAUAUUUGGUCGGUCGGAGGAAUGUUUCGGUUAUUGCGGCAAUCAUAAAAUUUUUCUUUUUGUUUCUGUAAGCAUGUUAGGAAACCAGCUUAGCUGGUAACUUCACAAAAUGACCACAGACAUCAGUAUAGUAAGGUGGGAUCCUACCUUACAACAAGAAAUCGUAGAAGAUUAUGAAUACGAUGGAGGCAAUUCAUCAUCCCGACUUUUCGAAAGAUCUCGCAUCAAAGCUUUGGCGGAUGAACGAGAAAGUGUCCAGAAAAAGACUUUCCAAAAAUGGGUUAACUCUCAUCUAGUGCGGGUUAAUUCGCGAAUUACCGAUCUCUACACCGACAUGCGAGAUGGUAAAAAUUUGAUUAAACUGCUGGAAGUUUUAUCUGGUGAACGUUUACCCCGUCCAACAAAGGGCAAAAUGCGUAUUCAUUGCUUGGAGAAUGUCGAUAAAGCGUUGCAAUUUCUUAGAGAGCAACGUGUUCACUUAGAAAAUAUGGGAUCCCACGAUAUCGUAGACGGAAAUCCUCGUUUAUCUCUGGGGUUAAUUUGGACCAUAAUUCUACGCUUCCAAAUUCAAGAUAUCACGAUUGAAGAAACAGAUAAUCAAGAAACGAAAUCGGCGAAGGAUGCUUUAUUGUUGUGGUGUCAGAUGAAAACUGCUGGCUAUAAUAACGUAAAUGUACGAAACUUCACCACUUCAUGGCGAGACGGUUUAGCAUUUAACGCACUUAUCCAUAAACAUCGUCCAGAUUUAAUACAGUUUGAAAAGUUAUCAAAAUCCAACCCCAUCCAUAAUCUAAACAAUGCAUUUAAUGUAGCAGAAGACAAGUUAGGUUUAACGAAACUCUUGGACGCUGAAGACGUUUUUGUAGAACAACCCGACGAAAAAUCAAUUAUCACUUACGUCGUUACAUACUAUCAUUAUUUCAGUAAUAAAAAACAAGAAACAGUACAAGGCAAGCGUAUUGGUAAAGUGGUAGGAAUCGCUAUGGAAAACGAUAGAAUGAUCAAAGAGUACGAAUCUUUGACAAGUGAUUUACUAGCAUGGAUCGAAGGAACCAUUUCUGCACUCGGAGAAAGACAGUUCGCGAAUAGUCUUGUUGGUGUCCAACAACAAUUAGGUCAGUUUAAUAAUUAUCGCACAGUUGAAAAACCUCCGAAAUUCGUGGAGAAAGGAAACCUGGAGAUUCUUCUUUUCACUCUUCAGUCGAAAAUGAGAGCAAAUAAUCAACGUCCGUACACACCGAAAGAAGGUAAAAUGAUUUCGGAUAUAAAUAAAGCAUGGGAACGCCUGGAAAAGGCAGAGCACGAACGAGAGCUCGCCCUGCGUGAGGAAUUGAUUCGUCAAGAGAAACUCGAACAGUUGGCAGCUCGUUUCAACAGGAAAGCCAGCAUGAGGGAAACUUGGCUUAGUGAAAAUCAACGGUUGGUUUCUCAGGACAAUUUCGGUCACGAUUUGACAGCCGUUGAAGCUGCUGCUAAAAAGCAUGAAGCUAUUGAAACAGACAUUCUCGCUUAUGAAGAAAGAGUGCAGGCCGUGGUUUCUGUUGCUGGUGAAUUAGAAGCCGAAAAUUACCACGAUAUGGAAAGGAUCAACGCGAGAAAAGAAAAUGUCCUACGUCUUUGGAAUUAUCUUUUGGAAUUGCUUAGAGCACGUAGACACAGAUUGGAAUUGUCACUGCAACUACAACAAAACUUCCAAGAAAUGCUCCACAUUCUCGAUGCGAUGGAGGAAUUGAAGGGACGUUUAUUGACUGAUGAUUAUGGCAAACAUCUUAUGGGUGUUGAAGAUCUUCUUCAAAAACAUAAUCUUCUUGAAGCUGAUAUCAACAUACUAGGAGACAGAGUAAAAGCCGUUGCUAAUCAAUCGCAACGCUUCCUGGAUGUAGAAAAUGAAGAAGGAUAUAGACCUUGCGAUCCUGCUUUAGUACUGGAAAGAGUCCAACAACUCGAAGAUGCCUACGCUGAAUUGGUACGCCUGGCCGUGGAGCGUAGAUCGCGUCUUGAAGAAAGUCGCAAAUUGUGGCAGUUCUACUGGGACAUGGCCGAUGAAGAAAACUGGAUCAAAGAAAAAGAACAGAUCGUCUCAGCAGCAGAUAUUGGACAUGAUCUUACCACUGUCAAUUUACUGCUAAGCAAACACAAAGCAUUAGAAAAUGAAAUUACCGCCCAUGAACCACAAUUGGACGCUGUCAUUGGAGUUGGAGACGAACUAAUAAAUUCCGGCCACUUUGGUGCCGAAAAAGUGCAAGAGAGAUUAUCAGAAAUACGGGCUGCUUGGAAACAUCUUUUAGACUUGGCAGCUUACCGCAGAAAGCGGUUGGAAGAUGCUGUUGAUUACCAUCAGCUAUUUGCUGAUGCCGACGACGUCGACAUCUGGAUGUUGGACACCUUAAGAUUAGUAUCAAGCGAAGAUGUCGGUAGAGAUGAAGGCAAUGCUCAGUCAUUACUUAAAAAACACAAAGAUGUUACAGAAGAACUUAAAAAUUACGCCAACACAAUUGAAGCUUUACAUCAACAAGCUAAACAGUUAGGACCAGAAGUAGCUGAUUCUCCGGAAGUGUCUCAGAGGUUAGCUUCUAUUGACAACAGGUAUAAAGAACUACUCGAGUUGGCGAAACUAAGAAAACAACGUCUGCUGGAUGCGUUGUCACUGUACAAGUUGUUCUCGGAAAGUGAUGGUGUUGAACAAUGGAUUAGCGAGAAAGAUCGAAUGUUGCAAACUAUGAUACCAGCACGCGACAUCGAAGAUGUCGAAAUUAUGAAACAUCGUUAUGAUGGUUUCGAGAAAGAAAUGAACGCGAAUGCUUCUAGAGUAGCCGUUGUUAACCAGUUGGCCCGUCAGUUGUUGCACGUUGAGCAUCCGAAUUCUGAAGAAAUUACAGCCAGACAAAAUCAGCUCAAUCAGAAAUGGGCCGAAUUGCGCGAAAAAGCCGAAGCGAAACGAGACGAACUCAAUUCUGCUCAUGGUGUACAAACAUUCCACAUUGAAUGCCGUGAAACCACCACUUGGAUUGAAGACAAAAUUCGUAUUUUGCAAAGUACAGAUAGCUUGGAGAUGGAUUUGACUGGUAUUAUGACGUUACAGCGACGCCUUUCUGGCAUGGAACGUGAUCUUGCUGCUAUCCAAGCUAAACUGACCUCCCUAGAGAAGGAAGCUUCGAAUAUUGAAACAGAACAUCCGGAAGAAGCAGCCGUCAUUCGAGAAAGAAUAGUACAAAUACAAAUUAUUUGGGAGCGCUUAACGCAAAUGUUGAAAGAACGUGAUUCAAAACUGGAAGAAGCUGGAGAUCUCCAUCGGUUCUUGCGCGAUUUGGACCACUUCCAAGCUUGGCUUACCAAGACUCAGACGGAUAUUGCUUCAGAAGACACUCCAAAUUCACUAGCUGAAGCAGAAAAUCUGUUAUCGCAGCACCAAAGCAUUUACGAAGAGAUUCAUAACUACACGGAUGAUUAUACCAAGAUGAUGGAAUAUGGUGAAAAAAUCACUGCCGAUCCAAGUACUCAAGAUGAUACUCAAUAUAUGUUCCUAAGAGAAAGACUGAAAGCACUCAAGGAUGGAUGGGACGAAAUUCACCAGAUGUGGGAGAAUCGCCAGAAAUUAUUGUCACAGUCUCUAGAUUUGCAAUACCUUGACAAGGACGCUCGUCAAGCUGAGGUUAUCUUGAAUCAGCAGGAACAUACAUUGUCGAAAAUCGAAACACCUACCACACUGGAACAGGCCGACAAUCAGCUUAAGAAACAUGAGUCCUUCCUUACAUCUAUGGAAGCGAAUGACGACAAAUUUAACACCGUCAUUCAAAUUUCUAAUCGUUUAAUCGACGAAAAUCACUUUGCUGCUGACAAAAUCGCGAAACGUGCUGACAAUAUAGAACAACGUAGAACAGCUAUUAAAGAAAAGGCCUUAGCUUUAAUGGACAGGUUGAGGGAUCAGUUAGAACUGCAUCAAUUCUUACGCGAUUGCGAGGAAUUGGGAGAAUGGAUGCAAGAGAAACACAUCACUGCCCAAGACGAAACAUACCGGUCGGCCAAGACAGUCCAUUCGAAAUGGACCAGACAUCAGGCGUUCGAAGCAGAAAUUGCCGCCAACAAAGAACGACUUCAUAAUCUUCAAAAAACCGGCGAAGAACUGGCAAAAGAAAAACCUGAAUUUGCGGAUGUUAUUAAACCAAAACUCGAGGAAUUGGCUGAUCAGUUCGACGUUUUAGAGCAGACUACUAAAGAAAAAGGCGAACGCCUGUUUGACGCUAACCGCGAAGUACUCAUUCAUCAGACCUGCGACGAUAUCGACUCGUGGAUGAACGAUCUCGAAAAACAAAUCGAAAGCGACGACACGGGGUCGGAUUUGGCUUCAGUCAACAUUCUUAUGCAGAAACAACAGAUGAUUGAAACGCAAAUGGCAGUGAAAGCUCGCCAAGUAGACGAAUUAGAAAAACAAACCAAAGUUCUGGAAACCACUGCUCCCGCACCGAAAUUGGAAGAAAUCAAGGUUAAAAAAAUACAAGUAGAACAACGCUUCGAGCAACUCAAACAACCCUUACUGGAAAGACAGCGUGUGUUGGAAAAGAAAAAGGAAGCGUUGCAGUUUAGAAGAGAUGUGGAAGAUGAGUUGUUGUGGAUUGCCGAGAAAAUGCCCCAAGCAUCUUCUACCGAAUACGGCAAUAGUCUCUUCCAAGUUCAUAUGUUGGAGAAGAAAAAUCAGUCGUUGAGAACCGAAAUUGAAAAUCACGAACCAAGAAUUAAUACAGUGUGCAAUAACGGACAAAAAUUGAUUGACGAAGGUCACGAAGAUUCAACCGAAUUUAGUCGACUAAUUGGAGAACUCCAUCAAGCUUGGCAAGAACUAAAAGACGCCGUUGAAAAACGCAGAGAAAAUUUGUUGCGUAAUGAACGCGCACAGCAAUAUCUAUUUGACGCGAAUGAAGCCGAGAGCUGGAUGAGUGAACAGGAACUCUAUAUGAUGGUAGAAGAUCGCGGCAAAGAUGAGACAUCUGCUCGAAACUUCAUGAAAAAACACGAAAGUCUCGAAGCCGCGGUCGAAGAUUACGCUGACACGAUCCGCGCUCUGGGUGAAACCGUACGAGCUCUAGCGGCCGAAGGACAUCCUCUAGCGGAACAAGUAGCCGUUAAACAGUCACAGCUCGACAAACUGUAUGCGGGUCUCAAAGAUCUGGCAGGUGAAAGACGAGGUAAACUUGACGAAGCCCUUAAACUUUUCCUCUUACACCGCGAUGUCGAGGACUUGGAACAGUGGAUAGCUGAUAGAGAAGUGGUAGCUUCAUCACAUGAACUAGGACAAGAUUACGAUCAUGUGACCUUGUUGUGGGAAAGAUUUAAGGAGUUUGCUCGCGAUACCGAAUCAAUCGGUAGAGAACGAGUUGCGGCUGUUACCGAUAUUGCCGACCGUUUAAUAGAAGCUGGACACUCUGAUUCGGCAACUAUUGCAGAAUGGAAGGACGGAUUGAACGAAGCAUGGCAGGAUCUACUGGAAUUGAUCGAAACUCGCACUCAAAUGCUUGCAGCAUCACGGGAAUUGCACAAGUUCUUCCACGAUUGCAAGGACGUCUUGGGGAGGAUUCUUGAAAAGCAGGUGUCCAUGUCUGAUGAAUUGGGGCGCGAUGCAGGUUCUGUUUCAGCACUCCAAAGGAAACAUCAAAAUUUCUUACAAGAUCUGCAGACUCUACAAACUCAAGUACAACAAAUACAGGAAGAAUCUGCAAAAUUACAGGCCAGUUAUGCAGGAGACAAAGCUAAGGAAAUCACCAAUAGGGAGCACGAAGUAAUCGCAGCUUGGGCGUCAUUACAAGCUGUGUGUGAUCAAAGGCGAACGAAAUUAGCUGACACUGGAGACCUCUUCAAAUUCUUCAAUUUAGUGAGAACCCUUAUGCAGUGGAUGGAUGACGUGAUCAGACAAAUGAAUACCAGUGAGAAACCUAGAGAUGUUAGUGGCGUGGAAUUGUUAAUGAAUAAUCACCAAAGCCUAAAAGCCGAAAUAGAUGCUAGAGAAGAUAAUUUUACCGCUUGCAUUUCACUUGGAAAGGAAUUGCUUAGUCGCAAUCAUUAUGCUAGUGCAGAAAUCAAAGAUAAACUAGUUACUUUAAGUAACCACAGGAAUUCAGUUUUGCAACGAUGGGAGGAAAGAUGGGAAAAUCUGCAAUUAAUACUUGAAGUUUAUCAAUUUGCGAGAGAUGCCGCAGUAGCUGAAGCGUGGUUGAUUGCCCAAGAACCAUAUCUAAUGAGUACAGAAUUAGGACAUACCAUUGAUGACGUUGAAAAUCUUAUCAAAAAACAUGAAGCCUUUGAAAAAUCUGCGGCAGCACAAGAAGAACGAUUUAGUGCUUUGGAACGUUUGACUACGUUUGAAUUAAGAGAAAUUAAACGACGACAAGAAGCAGCUGAAGCCCAAGAACGUGCAAGACGUGAACAAGAGGAAGCUGAACGACAAGCAGCUUUAGCAGCAGCUCAGCCUAAACAACCUGAAGCUGUUCCUGUUGAUCGACCUGAUUCUGGAACGCCAGCAGCGGAAGAACGACCAGUGCAUGGACAACAAGUACAACCACGACACAGUCAAUCCGGCGACAGUGCCGCAGUUGUUCAGCGGCCACAAUCCACACCCAUUCAAUCCUCGCCACGAUCACAAACCCUAUCGAGAGCCGAAGAAAAGGCGAAACGUAAGGACCGCUCUCGAAGCAAGUCCCCCUUCCGUAGUUUCCGAUGGAAGAAGGGAUCUUCUAAGACUUCUGGAGCAGUUAGUGAUGACGAAGCUGCAGGAACAUCAGAACGCGGCAGUCCAGGUGAUGAAGAAGUCUUUGAAGGUAUUUUAACUCGCAAACACGAAUGGGAAAAUACAACCACCAAAGCUUCGGUCAGAUCAUGGGAUAAACUAUAUACCGUCUUGCACGGCUCUCAGCUUGCAUUCUACAAAGACAGCAAAGUCGCACGGGCCACGCCCGAUCAGACCUUCAAGAAUGAAACUCCUCUAUCCGUGCACAAAGCCGUUGCUUCUGUAGCCCAAGAUUAUAAGAAGAAAAAGCACGUUUUCAGGCUAAAAUUGGAAAGUGGUGCUGAAUUUUUGUUCCAAGCGCAUAACGAUGCCGAGAUGAACACCUGGAUUUCUCGCAUCAACUCUCAAGCAGAUGCAGAUUCUUCUGGUCCUUCGCGUUCGCAGACAUUGCCUGCGUCUGCACAAAAGGAGGAUUCAAAACGUCGCAGCUUUUUUACUCUUAAGAAGAACUAAAUUAUGCUAUCUGUACGCUUUACCUGAUUCUGACUGGAUCGUUCAGUCUUCGCCCUUUGACCUUUUCUUUUUUAUAAAUAUAUAUAUUUCAUUCAUGUAGUUUGCACAUUCUAGUAAUAUUUUAAUGUAUAGUAAUAUAUUAUGUGAUUAAAAAACUGUUGACUGGAGCACAAGAAUAUUGCCUUCAGUAAAGCCCAAUGUUUAUUCUAUUAUUUAUUAAAUAAAAUUAAGAUACCUAACUUUUCCUAUACAGAAAAGUUAAUUUCAAAAUCCUUUACCUAAUCUAUACAUAUUCUAACAAUUGUCCGUACUGACGUUUUCGCUGCUUUACGUUUGUAUCCCUGUUAUUCUGUUGCAAUAUUGUCUUUUUUAAAGCUUUGCUUAGCAAGGUGAGGUGACGAGUCAUUUUUAUUACAUAUAUUCAUUUUGUAAUGAUUUGUAGAGUUAUGUCUAUUUUACAUAUAAAAAUGUGUGCUUUUAAAAAUGGAGUUACAAUAAAUAAAUAUUGUUUUUAGUA